AACUAAAAAACAAACAAACAACAGCAUAUUCGCAUCGCAUUAUAAGGAGAGUCCACGAAAUCAAGUGGGGACAAAUUCACCCACUCAUACAUCGCCACGUUUCACAAAAACAACCAAAACAAGAUAACCAUAACCAUCGAUCGAUCCUUCAAACAUGAUGUUUUAAGCGGCGACGCGAACCCUUUCCCACAAAAACAAUUUCCUCGUAAACAACAAAGGUCUCUUCCCCCAACCUUCCCUGAUUGUCAAUUUGGAUCUUCAUGAGUUCAACAACCACUGGAGCAUACUUGGUUUCCUGUAAUUCGGGAAACAAGAACAACGGUCUCUUCUGCUGGAUUUUGAUCUGCUUGCUGCCAAAAUUCUUGGGAACUGCAUUUGCCUACAUCAACUUUCUUCUUAUUCAGGCCAUUGAUAGGAGUCCAUCUGCAGUGAGGGUGCUGGAGAACUUCGGUCCGAUUAACCCAUAGUUUCUUAGUAGUUCGGUCAUCAGCAUCGUUAGAAAUUAGAUCCUUUGUUUCGUUGAGUGGUGAAAAAUGGUUUCCUCUCAGUUUUCCGGUUCCACUAUGGCUGGGAUGUUUAAACCAUUACUCUUUCCUGUAAAUGAUCCUGGUACUGCAACCACAGAUCAUGUUGAGCUAGAUUUCUCCGAUGUCUUCGGUCCACUUACCGUAGAAGUCAAUAACGUUGAUUCCACUUCUUUUGAGUUGAUUGAUGAAUCGAGCGAGCUGGUUUAUGAUGACCCAGAAGUCAUUUACACCCGCUCACAUUCUCUUGUUGGCCCUUCUAGUUGUAUCAGUCAAUCACUUAAACUCAGUAAGCUCACCAUACACGAGGCCGACUCUGCCGAUUCAUUGGAACUAGUGGAGCCCGUCAUUGAAGAGACCACUGAAGACAUUAAAGAGACUUCAUUUGACAACAUUGAGGAGUCUUUGAAUGAUGAAGAUGGGAACCUCAUGGAGAUCCAAAGAGUUAGCAUUGAAGAUUUUGAGGUUUUGAAGGUUGUGGGGCAGGGAGCAUUUGCAAAAGUGUAUCAGGUGAGGAAAAAGGGCACUUCAGAAAUAUAUGCUAUGAAGGUUAUGCGGAAGGAUAAGAUUAUGGAGAAGAACCAUGCUGAAUACAUGAAAGCUGAGAGGGAGAUUUUGACAAAGAUAGAGCACCCCUUUGUUGUACAACUUAGAUACUCUUUUCAGACAAAAUACAGAUUGUAUCUGGUACUGGAUUUUGUUAAUGGGGGUCAUCUCUUCUUUCAGCUUUAUCACCAGGGCCUUUUCAGAGAGGAUCUAGCACGCAUAUACGCCGCCGAGAUUGUUUCUGCAGUUUCCCAUCUCCACUCAAAAGGAAUAAUGCACAGGGAUCUAAAACCUGAAAAUAUCCUAAUGGAUGCUGAUGGCCAUGUUAUGUUGACUGAUUUUGGCUUAGCAAAACAAUUUGAAGAAAGUACAAGAUCUAAUUCGAUGUGUGGUACAUUAGAGUACAUGGCACCUGAAAUUAUUCUUGGCAAGGGCCAUGAUAAGGCUGCCGAUUGGUGGAGUGUAGGCAUCUUAUUGUUUGAGAUGCUCACCGGAAAGCCACCCUUCUGUGGUGGGAACCGUGAGAAGAUUCAGCAGAAGAUAGUGAAAGAUAAGAUUAAGCUGCCAGGAUAUUUGUCGAGCGAAGCGCAUGCACUGUUGAAAGGGCUGCUACAGAAGGAGGCAUCAAAGCGGUUAGGUUGUGGAGCUAAAGGGAUUGAGGAAAUUAAAGGGCACAAGUGGUUCAAACCAAUCAAUUGGAAGAAGUUGGAUGCACGCGAAAUCGAACCAAGCUUUAGGCCAGACGUAGCUGGGAAGCACUGUGUUGCCAACUUUGAGAAGCGCUGGACUGAUAUGCCUGUUGUUGAUUCACCUGCUGCAAGCCCAAAUGGUGGAAACCCUUUCAAGGACUUCUCUUAUGUGAGACCUGCAGCCUCUUUUCUUCAAAAGAAUAGCCCUGCUUGCUAAUUUCACAUCUUGCAUUGGCAUUGGCAUUGGCAUUGGCUUAAGUUUAAGUUAUCAACACUCUUUUUCGUUCUUAUAAUUAUAAUGAUUAGCCAGUAGUAAUAGUAGUUACUUGUAUUUCGAUGAGUGAACGGUGAUACACUGUCACAUGAAUUACCAAGAAACAUUUUCCUCGUUCUCUUUUAUUUUGUUGAGCCGACUUUGCAGCACGUGCCUUGCGGCUCUACAAUUGUUGAGCUGGCAUUGCUAGAACUUGUCAUUUGGAGAAAAUAAGUUAACACAUCUUAAUAAUUUAUCACAUUGUGUGCUGGUAAUGAAGCCUCAAUAGAUGAUUAUGAAUACUUUUGAAUUUCAAUUUAUGUUAUGCUGUUAUUAUCUUUUAGGGUAAAUAGAGUUUUACCCCUGCAAAA